AUGAUCGCUCAGGAGCGCCACCUGGGCAACAAGCCGUCGAUGGAGGUCAUCCUCAACUGCGAAAAGAAGAACAACGGGCACCAUGACGGCGAGACCUGGAGGCCUACCGCUACAUUGAGAAGAAUGGCGAGCCCGAAGAGAGAUGCCAGUCGUACGCAAGAGCUGCUGCAGAAGACGUACGAUAAGUACUACGUGUCCGAUUACGGCACGACGCUGGGCGAGCAGCAGAAGACGGCUGCGAGUCUGUUGUUGGACGACCUGGACGCACCUGAACGGUAA